UCUCUUGUUGUUUUCCUCUAGUCGGAAAGGGUAAACAUACGCGGAAAAUCUGCAGUUCUCACAUGGUCGUAAGGUGUCGCUUCCAGCUUUCCAGAUGAACAACGCCACUUGCCUCCGGCGGGGGGAUAAGCAGUAGGUGCACCCGCCAUGGGGCCGGAUCAUAAAUAACUCUGCACAGGCCUAGGUCGGAUCCCAACUGGCCACUUCCUCCGCUUCUUGGAUCGCCUUUACAGCGGCAUGGCGACGUGUUGUGGACCUGGAACUGUUUGAGACGAAGAAGAAGUUUACGAAGUUGCCCCCAGAAUCGCUGUGAGGUUCAAAGAAGUGUCGGGGUGAUCUUAGGACGGCGGCAGAGAUCGGAUUGUAGAGGGCUUGAGUUAGCCUAAGGGGGAGGGCAGGAAAGUUUCACCCACAAAACUCUGUACAAACAUUAUUAGGACAGACGUGGUACGGACUGGAACAAUGCUUUCAUGGCAGCUUCCCUGUCUGGUUAGUACUUAACUACGUACCCUUGUAGUGGUGGACAUUUUCUAGUCGACGUGUUUCAAUGGAAGGUGAAUCGUGCAGGUACAGACCGAACUCCACCCCGGACAUCCCGGACUCUGUCCGUAUCACCCUCGGCACGCCCCGACACAACUACAGGGGCAGUAACUACACCGUCAACGGAGAUGGCAGCAGGCGGGGGUCCCGAGCAGAAGUCAGGAGGAGGUUACUUCUGUUUGAGAGAGCCUCAGGAUCUUGGUGGGACCCCAAGUUUGACUCUCGACACUUGGAGGAAGAGUUACAGAGGUGCCAGCUGCCAGCCACAAGAAAGCGAUUCAGAUAUGCCUUGUGUUACAUAGCAACAGCCUGUCUUAUGUGGAUAAUCUACUUUGCUGCCGUUGGAGCGAUGAACCAGGAAGCAAACUACCAGAACUGGCUGGCAUUUGUUGGCGGCAGUGUGGUAUUCCUGGUCAUCUGUAUCGUGUUAUUGGGACUGACUUUUACCAACUUGUAUCAACGGUUCUUCAGUUACAUGUCCUUGCUCCUGACGGUAGCACUAUUCAGUGUCAGCCUUGUUGCCGUGGGCUUCAGCGAAGGUCAGAUUAUUUCGUCCGUCGGUGCCUUUAUGAUCUGUGUGGAAAUCCUGAUUAUGCUGUACACGGUCAUUCCCAUGCCUCUAUAUCUCAGUGUUGUAUCCGGAAUUAUGUACUCUGUCGGGUUCCAAAUCAUUGUCGGUGUUACCAAUCAAGAGAUUGGCCAGGAGUUGUCUUUACCGGUACAGAUCACCACUAAAAUCCUCAUGCACCUGUGCAUACACCUGGUGGGGAUACACAUCUAUAUCAUGACUCAGGUGCGCAAACACAGCACCUUCUGGAAAGUGGGCCAGUCCAUCAUGGCCAGACGUGAUCUGGAAACGGAGAAACAGCUCAAAGAGAAGAUGAUCCAUUCUAUCAUGCCGCCGCAUGUUGCCAGUUCGCUCAUGAAGGGUGCGGAGGACGAGCCCGAAACGCCCAAACGCAUGCGAAGUCCCAGGAACAAGAAAAAGGCGAAUGCACAAAAUGUACCACCGAAGGAAUCCAUGUUCCGCACGUUCAAUAUGCACCGUAUGGAGAACGUGAGCAUCUUGUUUGCCGACAUCGUGGGUUUCACCCAGAUGAGUAGUAACAAGUCAGCAGAACAACUGGUCAGUCUGCUGAAUGACCUAUUUGGGCGGUUUGACCGCCUGGCGGAGAAGACAGGCUGUGAGAAGAUCAGCACGUUGGGAGAUUGUUACUACUGCGUGGCUGGCUGCCCCAAAGCCAGGUCAGAUCAUGCAGAAUGCUGCAUCGAGAUGGGCCUUGGGAUGAUCCGUGCCAUCAAAGAAUUCUGUGCGGAGACCGACAAUGACGUGAACAUGAGGGUCGGCGUCCACACGGGGACCGUGCUCUGUGGGAUUGUCGGAACAAAGAGGUUCAAGUUUGACGUGUGGUCCAAUGACGUGACGUUAGCGAACAAAAUGGAACAGUCCGGGCUGCCAGGGCGAGUCCAUCUCUCUGAAGCAACGUUGGAGUAUCUUGGUGACAAGUACAAGACUGAAGAACGGGAAGUGGAUAAACGCUAUUCAGGAAUACCUGAAAACUGAUCCCGAUGAACUCCAACUUGGAGCUGGACAAGUCGGCGCUGUCAGACAGCUGUAACAGCCUACUGGACUCCAACAAAAACGAUCAAACCCUGUCACUGGAGGAGGGAGGGGAGGACAAAGGGAAGGAAGAGAAGAAGGAGGGCAGUCCCAGUCACAGGGCUCUGUGUAACCAGCCCAGUGCCACCAGUCUGCCUGAACCUGCCCUCAUGAGGCCUGACAGCUGUAAUGAGGACAGUCUGGAUCUACCACUUCCAGGCAGCAGGAAUGGUGCGAGUCUGCAUGGGGAAGACACAAUGUGCGUUGCGGCCACAUGUCACACAGAAGACGAGCAGAUCUGGCUGCCUUUACUUGAUCACAGAAAUUUGACUCCGGACAGCAUCCACUCCCUACCAGUCACUGGUUCCUAUGGCAACAGGCUGUACCCACCCGGCAUGGGCAGUGGUAGCAGGAAGUCCAGUCUACGUACACAGAUGGUUACAAACCGGAUAGAACAACAGAUGACGGGGAAGUCACCAUCCCAGGAGAAUGGUCAACCGUCCAGUGGCAUCAGUGACCAGCAGUUCAGCUCAAGCCAGCAGUCUGUGGCUUCAAUGGUGGCCGAGCGCCAGAGGGAGAGCAGCUGUGCACUGUUCAUCGACCAGGUCAUCUCGCCACUCAACCAAACAUUGACACAGUUUCACCAAAUUCGAGAGCGAACGGACAAGAACCUCAUCGAGAACAUCCGCAGUGAUCCGUACAUGUCAGAUUACUUCUUCAAACCGCCUAUCAACAUGUUCUCUCUCAACUUCCUGGACCCAGAAUUGGAAAUGCGAUUCCGCGAUCACUACGCCGCAGAGAUGGAGGAUGAAGGUAACAAUCCAAACGCUGUUCAAACCUGUGCCCUCCCACGAUUUAACAUGUUCCUGGACGUCGUGGUUUCAUUUGUUGUAUUCACCAUGAUUUCCAUUGGCUGCUUCCUGUUGUUCCAUCCCCCCAAUGUCGCGUGGAUAGUGGUGUUCAUCCUGGCAGCCAUUAUCAAAGUGGUGACUCUGGUGGCAUACACCCGAGAGGCCUUCUACAUGGGGUACCUUUCGGAAUGCUCCCAGCAGAUGUCACAGUUCUUCUCGCGGUGGGUUUCACGGCAGCUGUAUGGAGCCAUUCUCAUCAGUCUUCCAGUGGCAGCAGUUUACUGCAACAUGGUCUGCAAGCUCGAGCCAGGUCUGCAGUACUAUCUCAUGUCUGUGGCCCUCCUGCACUAUACCAACUUUACCCAGCUUAGCUCCUGGAUGAAAACAGCUCUGGUUCUGAUUGUGGGGAUAAUCUUGAUCAUCCUUGUCAACGUCAACAUUGACGUCUGCAUGGACGGACUGGAUAACAUCAUCCCCACCGUAAUGGCCAACACCACAGAGACCCCCUCCCCCACAGCCUCAAGAGUCUUCUUUGAAUAUGAGAUAAUCAUCGAUGUGGGGUUGUUAAUCAUCCUCAUCAUCUUCUUGAACCGCGAGUUUGAAGUCAGCAACAAGUUGACCUACCACGGGAAAAUCGGCGCUGACACUGACAGAAAACGAAGCCAGAUAGAAAAGGAGCAGGCUGAUUGGCUGCUUGGAAACAUCCUGCCCACCCAUGUGGCCGACACCCUGAAGGUGACCCAGAAGUAUUCACAGAACCAUUCAUCUGUCGCUGUUAUCUUUGCCACCAUCGUGAACUUUAACGACUUCUAUGAGGAAAGCUUCGAAGGUGGGAAGGAAUGUAUCCGUGUCUUAAAUGAAAUCUUCAGUGACUUUGACGACCUUUUGCAGAAGGAAGAAUAUGCCAGGCACAUUGAGAAAAUUAAGACAAUUGGCAGCACCUUUAUGGCUGCAUCGGGACUCAGUCCAGAGAGUCAGAAGGAUCGGGAGAACCCUGACAAACACCUCAUCGUUCUCAUGGAUUUUGCCCUGGACAUGCAGAAGGUCAUCAACAAGUUCAAUGAGGACAUGCUGGGCUUCCAUUUCAUCCUGAGGAUAGGUUACAACCACGGGCUACUAACGGCCGGGGUCAUCGGCACGACCAAGCUGCUCUAUGACAUCUGGGGCCUCACCGUCAACGUAGCAAGCCGAAUGGACAGCACAGGAAUCAACGGCCGCAUCCAGGUCAGCGAACAGUCCGCCAAGGUCAUGCAGAAGUACUACGAGUUUGAACCCAGGCAUGAUGUCUCCGUGAAGGGAAUUGGCAACAUGAUGACGUACCUGCUGGUGAAAAAACACGAUAGUGUCCAAUGUUGAGGGGACAACUCAGCCAGCCUCAGAUUAUCAGUGGAGUAAGUCAUUAAUAGAUCAUGUAGAAGUGCCUUUUACAUUGGAAAAUAUAUAAUUACUAACUAAACUUUCCGUUAGCUUGGUGAUUGAGUCCCUGCUGCAGGUGUCAUACAUUGGUGAUUGUGGUUUUCUUGUCUACUUGUAUGGGAAUGGUAUAGAUGGUGCUGUAUGUACAAAAUAGCCUGCACUAGGGGUGGGUACCGGUACAGAAAAUUCAGGUCCAGGUCCGGUUCAGGUCCAAAGGAUCAGGUCCAGGUCCAGACCUGAACCUGGACCUGAUUCAGUAUGACUCAUACCAAUGGUCCAUUUCACUACAAAGAAAUC